GGUCCUAGUUUGAAAGGUUCUCGAAAUUACCCCGAUUUCGAAAUCUCGACAGGAUGCAUGCGCCCGGGACCACGAUGAAGAAGAAGCUCUUCCUAGGGUCUCAAGCGCCCUUAGGAUACGUUGCUGGAGUGGGUCGAGGAGCGACAGGCUUCACCACCCGAUCAGAUAUAGGACCCGCGAGAGAGAGCUCAGAUGUCCCCGACGACCGACAUGGACAGCAGCCUGCCAAAAAGUCCAGAAAAGACGAUGAUGACGACGAAGACUUGAACGAUGCCAACUUCGACGAGUUCAAUGGGUACGGCGGUUCACUGUUCAGCAAGGAUCCCUACGACAAAGAUGACGAGGAGGCCGACGCCAUAUACGAAGCGGUGGACAAGCGCAUGGACGAGAGGCGCAAAGAUUAUCGGGAAGCGAGACUCCGGGUGGAAAUCGAGAAAUAUCGUCAGGAGCGACCGAAGAUCCAACAGCAGUUUUCGGAUCUCAAACGACAGCUCUCAGAUGUGUCAACAGAUGAAUGGAACGCGAUUCCGGAGGUGGGAGAUGCUCGCAAUAAAAAACAACGGAACGCGAGAACAGAAAAGUUCACGCCGUUGCCAGACAGCGUUCUCGCGGGAGCCCUGGCUAGUGGUCAAGGGGUGAACGCGAUCGAUCCUGCGACGGGUCUCGCCUCGCCCUUCCCGGGAGUUGCUUCAGGGGAGCUCGAUCUACGGAAGAUCGGUCAGGCCCGAAAUACAUUGAUGGACAUCAAGCUUACGCAAGCUUCCGAUUCCGUGUCGGGCCAGACCGUCGUAGACCCCAAGGGUUAUUUGACCGAUUUGCAGUCGAUGAUUCCGAACCACGGCGCGGAUAUCUCGGACGUCAAGAAAGCCCGGCUCCUGCUCAAAUCGGUCAGAGAGACGAAUCCGAACCAUGCACCGGCGUGGAUCGCGUCCGCUCGUCUCGAGGAAGUCACUGGGAAGCUCCAGAACGCCCGAAACCUCAUAAUGGAAGGAGCGGAGAUGUGUCCAAACUCCGAGGAUGUAUGGCUCGAAGCCGCACGACUCCAGGCCGCCGACAUGGCGAAAUCCGUGAUCGCUCAAGCGGUUCGACAACUGCCCCACUCCGUUCGACUGUGGAUCAGAGCCGCCGAGCUCGAGACGGAGAAACGUCUCCAGAAACGAGUUUAUCGCAAGGCUCUCGAACAAAUCCCGAAUUCCGUCCGGCUGUGGAAGAACGCUGUGGAGUUGGAGGACGCCGAAGACGCAAGAAUCCUCCUGUCGCGAGCCGUAGAAUGCUGUCCGACGAGCGUCGAGCUGUGGUUAGCCUUGGCUCGUCUGGAGACGUAUGAGAAUGCGAGGAAAGUCCUCAACAAGGCUCGAGAGAGUAUACCGACGGAUCGACAGAUUUGGAUCACGGCUGCGAAAUUAGAGGAGGCGAACAAGAACUCGAAAAUGGUCCGGAAAAUUAUCGAACGAUCAAUCAAAUCCCUCUCCGACAACGGAGUGGAAAUUAACAGGGAGCUGUGGAUGAAGGACGCGGUCGAGGCUGAAAAAGCGGGUUCCAUCGCGACGUGUCAAGCCAUCAUUGAAAGCGUUAUCGAGAUCGGCAUCGAAGACGAAGAUCGUAAACACACUUGGUUGGCCGACGCUGAACAGAGAGCGAACCAGGGCGCUCCGGAAUGUGCGCGUGCCAUCUACGGUCACGCGCUGGCAGUCUUCCCCGCUAAGAAGAGUAUCUGGUUGCGUGCCGCUUUCUUUGAGAAGAAUCAUGGCACCAAAGAAACGCUCGAAGCCCUCCUGCAGAAAGCUGUGGCCUACUGUCCGCAAGCAGAAGUUCUUUGGCUGAUGGGAGCGAAGAGCAAAUGGCAAGCGGGUGACGUCCCCGCCGCCCGAUCCAUCCUCAGCUUGGCCUUCAAAGCCAAUCCGAACUCUGAGGAAAUUUGGCUGGCGGCCGUGAAACUCGAGUCCGAAAACGACGAAUACGACAGCGCUCGGCGACUCCUUGCGAAGGCUCAGAAGUCGGCACCGACGGGUCGUGUGCUCAUGAAAGCCGCAAAGUUCGAGUGGGCGCUGGGCUCGCGCCCGGAAUCGAAAGGUCGCGAACUGCAGGCCGCUCUCGAUAUCCUGGAAACGGGCGUUGAAAAAUAUCCGAACUUCGCGAAGCUGUGGAUGAUGUACGGUCAGAUAUGGUGCCAGUUGAAACGACCCGAUAAGGCGAAAGAGGUUUACGGUCGAGGGAUCAAGGCGUGCCCCGAUUCCGUUCCGCUCUGGGUGCUCCUGGCGAAUCUCGAAGAAGAAACCGGAAUGCUGAUCAAAGCGAGAUCCGUCAUCGAGAAAGCUCGACUGAGAAAUCCCUGCAACGACGUUCUUUGGCUCGAAGCCAUUCGAAUCGAAUGCCGCGCUGAUAAGAAGGACAUCGCAUCGAAGAUGAUGGCCAAAGCAAUGCAGGAAUGUCCCGCAUCAGGAAGAUUAUGGGCUGAGGCGAUAUUUAUGGAAGCGCGGCCCGGUCGGAAGUCGAAGAGUGUCGAUGCUCUGAAAAAAUGUGAACACGACCCGCGUGUUCUCCUGGCCGUGUCGAGACUGUUUUGGGCCGAGCGGAAAAUCGGUAAGGCCCGAGAGUGGUUCAAUCGGACCAUCAAAAUCGAGCAGGAUUUCGGCGACGCCUGGGCCUAUUUCUACAAGUUCGAGACGCUGCACGGAACCGCCGAGCAGCGAGAAGAAGUUCGGAAACGUUUCCUCUCGGCGGAGCCGAGGCACGGAGAAGAGUGGAACAAAGUUGCGAAACACAUCGAGAACUGGAAGAAAACCCCCGAAGAAAUCCUCGUGCUCUGCGCGAAAGCACUCCAAGAGCCUACUUGAACGCGACAUCGAUCUUCAUGUAAAUUACUUGAUCUUUGUAUAUUCUCGAUCUAGGUAUGUACAGAGAACCAUGCCUUCACACGAUUGGAUAUCGAUGUUCGCAUUUCGAAUGUGAAAAAUAAAGGUGAUGCUUGAUCGAA